AUAUGCAGGAUAAAGGCACAUUUAUCAGCCCUUUCGUCAGACCGCGGUGUCUGGCGGCAGCGGCGCCGGCGGGGAAAGCGAAAUUAACUCACCCGGGAAAAGCUAUUCUGGCAGGUGGAAUUGCAGGUGGCAUAGAGAUCUGCAUCACCUUCCCAACAGAGUAUGUCAAGACCCAGUUACAAUUGGACGAAAAGGCUAAUCCACCCAAAUACAGAGGAAUAGGUGACUGUGUGAAACAGACAGUAAAUGGUCACGGUGUUAAAGGACUGUACAGAGGACUCAGCUCACUGCUGUAUGGAUCCAUACCCAAAUCUGCAGUCAGGUUUGGGAUGUUUGAGUUCCUCAGCAACCGUGCGAGAGAUGAGAACGGUCGCCUGGACAGCACCAGAGGCCUGCUGUGUGGGCUUGGAGCCGGAGUCAUGGAGGCUGUUCUCGUGGUCUGUCCCAUGGAAACUGUCAAGGUUAAAUUCAUUCAUGACCAGACUUCAAGCAACCCUAAAUACAAGGGCUUCUACCACGGAGUCAGAGAGAUCGUCAGGGAACAAGGGUUAAGAGGGACAUACCAGGGUCUCACUGCUACAGUCCUGAAACAAGGCUCCAACCAAGCUAUUCGAUUCUACGUGAUGACCUCUCUCAAGAACUGGUACAAAGGUGACGACCCCAAUAAAGCCAUGAAUCCUUUGGUGACUGGACUCUUUGGAGCUGUAGCCGGAGCAGCCAGCGUCUUUGGAAACACCCCACUAGAUGUCAUCAAGACAAGGAUGCAGGGUCUGGAAGCACAUAAAUAUAAAAGCACAUUGGACUGUGCAGUAAAGAUCAUGAAAUAUGAAGGUUUGGCAGCUUUCUACAAAGGGACAGUUCCUCGGCUGGGUCGUGUGUGUCUGGAUGUGGCCAUAGUUUUCAUCAUCUAUGAGGAGGUGGUGAAGGUCCUCAAUGUGGUCUGGAAGACUGACUGAGCUGCUGGAUGUACAGAAAGGGCGGCAGCUUCUUGCUUCCCAGGCAUCAGACACAGAUCCGAGUUUCACAGACCUCUUCCAUACUAUAAAACCAGCUAUUGAGGGGUGAGACAGAGAGCUGAAUUUAGAUCAGUGUCAUAUGCUAUUAACAGGAAGCUAAAGAUCUUACAUACAGGGCCUGCAAAGAGGAAAUAAAGCCAAAAAACUGGCUCAGUGUCGCCCACAUCUGGACAGCUGGAGUGUUUGCAGAGCAUUGCUGCUCAGCUCCAAGACAAGACCAAGGGUCAUUUUCACAAGUGGGAUUAUAAAGUUACCCAAAUAACUGUGAAAAAAGAUGCUUCAUCCUAGAGAUACAUCAUUUUAAUGUGAAAGAAAAACCUGUAUAGGUACCACAGGAUUCCUUUAAACAAGAUUUUGGAAGAAAUGUCAGCUUUUUUUCAAGCUAUCUGGUUCACUUACUUGUAAACCUGCUUUGUAAAAGACCCUCCUUUAGCGAAGAACAUUAUUUGGAGUCAUUCACAGCUGUUUUGCUGGUAUGAAUGACGCGUCAUACUGGAUUAUCUUGAGUUUCUUGAGUGUUGCUCUCUGUCUCUUCUUGGUUUUAACUCCAGAGGAGCCUGACUGCAGCUGGUUUCAGUUCACAAUCACAUAAACUGCAGUAACUUCCAUAACUAAGCCUUUAAUAGAAUCAUUUUACAUUUAUAAUAUUGACAAUUAUUUUUAUAAAGUGUAGAUUCUAAUUUAGUUUAUUAUCAGCGUUAUAGUUUUAUUGUAAAGUACGAUCUAUUUUAUUCCUGUGCCAAAUGCCAAACCUAUGAAAGUGUGUUCAGAGUAAGAACAUGCAAAAGUAGCAGAAUGAUUUUAACAAGAGAAGAUGUUAUGAAUUAUAUUGUGACAUACUUUAUAAAUGUAAUUAUUCAAAGUUGAAUGUUGAAUAUAUUGACGGUGGAGGCGUUAAUUGCUGUUGUUUUUUUCUGUGAUCAGGUCAGGGUGUAAAUGUGUUUUUAGGAUGUUAGGAAAAUAUUUCAUUGGCGUGUUUCACUGUGAGUCUAAAUGACACAACAACACUGAGUCAUACAGACCAGGUAACCUCUGACCUCCAGGUCAUAUCCUAACCCAGUUGGCCUCAUGCAGGAAGUGAUAUACAAACAUAUUUCCUCUUUGCUUGUAUCCAAGAUUAGUUAUUAUUUUGUUAAAAUCCAUUGAUUUAUUGAUUUCUGGGAUUCACCAAUUUUGUUUUUUACUCUUGAAAAAGAGUGGUGGAGAACACUCUAAACCUGAUGUGAAAAAAAACCAUACUUGUUUUCACAGUCCAAAUUUUAGGCAACAUACAAUAAUAUAUUAUAAAUUAUUAUAUUUAUUUAUUCGAUUAUAAUGCGUUUUAGCUGUUUUUUAUUUUUUUAAAUACAUUUCCCUGGAACUGAUGCUCUGAAAAAUCACACAUGGUUAAGAACAUUUGGUGCAUCUGGAGCUGACUCCUAUUUUUUCUCUAAACAGAAAGUUAAGUUCUACUGGUUAUAUGUUUUGGUUUCAUAUGAUCCCUACUUCAAUAGUUCCCAACCUGGGGGUCGGGACCCCUGCAGUGGGUCGUGGGAUAAUUAAAUGAAAAGGAAAGAGGAGUAAUAUUCUAUACACAUUUGUGUAAAUUUAUUUCAGGAAAUCUCUCUGGGGUGAAACUUGAACAAUUCAAAGACAUGAUAGUAACCUGUGAUGAGGGGCGAGUGUAAAGGGGUCACCUGUCAAAAAGAUCAUAAAUCACAAUCUGUUCACAUUUAUUUCCAGUGCCGUUCUGUUUGGGUGUUUCAUUCAGGGUUUGUUUUUACUUCUCACUCGUGCCUUUUGCUGUUAUGUUUCUUGGUAAUUGGACAGCAUAAUAAUAAAAACAGCCAUAAUCUGUCAGUAUUACUGUAAUAAUUGUAUUAAAGUACAGAUGGCUUAAGUUCCCCUACUUCUGAAAGAAUGUUAAUCUUUUUGUAGUGUUCUGUUUGAGCAUACAAAAUGCUUGUGUUCAGUCCUGCCAAAUAGCCAAGAGAAAAUGUUAUUAUCGCAAAUGAAUAUAUUCUGAGGCUGUGUGUGUCAUCUGUGUGGUUCUUUAUGAUGAAGCUUGUGCAAUAAUAAACAGCG